GUUUAUUUGUCCCAAAACGUGUCAAUUUCUCGCCAAAGUGCGCAAAUAACGUUACAAAUCCCUUGUAGUGCCUUUGUUCGUGUUGAAAAUAUCGUUUUAUUGUAUUUCCGUUGAGUUUUCGUGAGAUUUUUUUGUUGUAAGGUUGCCGCUUUGUUCUCGGGCGUCAUCAUUUCUGGCAGCCUUCUUUCACAUUUGACUCAUCAUCGGUUUAAUCGGCUGCGUAAAUUGACUGUUUUGUGCUCAAAGUGAAGUUUAGUAAUUGCAUUUUGCAGAUCUUUUUGUUUCUGAGUAUAUUAUUUGAUUAUCGUAUGUCCAUCCAGAAUCUAAACACAUUUGACCCCUUUGCUGAUGCAAGUAAGGGUGCAGACGACGAUGUUCAGGACGGACUUGUGCAUAUAAGAAUCCAGCAACGAAAUGGUCGCAAGACUCUAACUACAGUCCAAGGGCUCUCCUCCGACUAUGACUUGAAGAAAAUCGUUCGGGCAUGUAAAAAGGAAUUCGCAUGUAAUGGUACUGUGAUAGAGCACCCAGAAUACGGCGAAGUGCUUCAAUUGCAAGGGGACCAACGCGAAAACAUCUGCCAGUGGUUGACGAAAGCGGGGCUGGCGAAGCCCGACCAGCUCAAAGUCCACGGCUUCUAAUGUUCCAACUUUGCAAUAAUUUCAACCGUUUUAGUUACACAUAAAUAUCAGCACUCGAAAUCUUAGUUAAUGCUCGUCAUGCCCCGGUAGUAUGUAUCUGGGGGGCUUUGAUGUCUUUAGAGAAUUUCUUACUCGAUGUUUCAUUGUCACGUUUUUUUUACUGCAUAUUAAAAUUUUAUAGCAUUGCCCGUGAACAAAACUGCGAUGAGAGCAGUUUUGGCGAAUUGUUUUAAAUUGUGCCUUUCUGGAAAUUCUCCUUGGUUCUCUUUUUCAUUGAUUUGUUAAUCUCCUCAGUAAUUGAUUUAGUUGUAACUCAAGUGUAUAAGUAAAUUAAUAAAUGUCUUAUAUACGA